GUCGCCUCAAAUGUCAUUUAGUUCGUGUUUUCUUUCAAGCAGAAGGCGGAUAGAUGAUUACAUAACAGUGAGUUGAUGAGCAUGUCUCCAUCCCUGUAGUCCACUCACUGUUGUGAAAACGCUUAAUGGCAAUUUAGUUUUUUUUUUUCCACUUGCGCCUAUCAUAUUAAGUCAUUUGAAUGAAUUACCAAAACUUGGUUAGUGGAUUUUAGUAACUGGUUUGGUGCCCCGCAGUAAAUUAGAAUUUCUAGCCACAAAAUAACAUCUGUUACAUAAGGUGUUAUAUAUUUUUUUAUCAGUGCGUCUCCGUUCAUUUCAAAGCGGUUGAGCGAAACGCGAAUGAAUGAAAUGCGUCACAGGAUGUUUUACCAUGUGCGUCACCAUGACAACCCAUUUCUCUCCCUUUAUCGCUCCAGGGAAAAGCUGCUGUCUCCGAGUCCGUUUCUGUCACUUGCAAACAAGGAUUCCAACGUCUCCUCCAGUGUAGAAGCUUUAGUGUCCCCAACUCCUCCCAGCUAUGAGGAAGCCACUGCAGGCACCAGUGCUCCUUACAACGAUGUUGAGAUGCUGACAGAAUUCAGCUGGGAUGAUCGCAACAUCAGGAGGAUCUUCAUCCGUAAGGUAUACGCCAUUUUGAUGAUCCAGCUUCUGGUGACUCUUGCGAUUGUGGCGAUUUUCACAUUUUGUGACCCCGUGAAAAACUACAUCCAAUCCAACCCUGGCUGGUACUGGGCCUCUUAUGCUGUAUUCUUCGUCACAUAUCUGACCCUAUCAUGCUGCGCUGCACCGAGGAGACAGUUUCCAUGGAAUCUAAUUCUGCUCGCCAUCUUUACCCUUUCCCUCUCGUACAUGACAGGGAUGUUGUCCAGCUUCUAUAACACCAAGUCAGUGGUGAUGUGUCUGGGCAUCACAGCAGCAGUCUGUCUCUUGGUCACAGUCUUCAGCUUUCAAACCAAGUUUGAUGUGACGUCAUACCAAGGCGUGCUCUUUGUCUUCUGCAUGGUGAUGUUUGUCUCUGGAGUGGUGCUGGCACUUGUCCUUCCCUAUCAAUAUGUACCGUGGUUGGAUGCCACCUACGCUGCCCUAGGAGCCAUAUUGUUUACAAUGUUUUUGGCAUUUGACACCCAGCUGCUCAUGGGGAACAAGCGCUACGCCAUGAGUCCGGAAGAGUACGUCUUUGCCGCUCUCAACAUCUACCUGGAUAUCAUCUACAUCUUCUCCUUCUUCCUCCAAAUCUUCGGCUCAAAACGAGACUAAACAAUCGCUUCUCUUCUUUUCCCUGUAAGGGAUGGGAAAUAUAAGCAGACAUGAUUUUGAUGUUUUAUUUUUUGCCUUUUUUCUGAUAAGAUCCCAUAUACAUUGAGAAUAUCUUGUACAGCUAGACAUGUACAUAGAUGUCAGUGUUCACACCCAAAAAAAUCGACGACCUUUCCCUCCUCUCCAGCAUGUUGUUAACCCACCCCACAUUAGGGUUUGCUUACUAGCUGUACCAGCAAGAAACAAUCAGUGAACAUAUUCCAUUUAAAGUAGAUAAAACAGUGAGUGUUCUGAAGUUCUAUGGGUGUCUCUAAAUCCAUACCUGCUUGGAUAUCACAAAGGUCCUGCAAACAAAACCUAAAAUGUCAGGGCCCUUUAAGAAGUAUGUGAUCCCCUAACACAUUAUGCAUGACUCUUAAGAAGACUCCUAUCCUAUUUCCCAUUUCAUUUGCAGGCUUACAUCAUUGGGCUAUUGUUGGUAGUGGUGAUUAUGGAUGACUGAUAGCAAAAAUGUGAUUUAAAAAAAAAACUUUUCCUGUAUUUUCAAACAUUACCAAUGUUGUUUCGAUACUGUGAAUUACAAGAAACCCCAUGCUAAUUUUGUCUGUGUUGAUUUUACUCCAUUUAACUCUGAGGCUGUCAUUCUUUGCCAUCACAUUGCUGUGUUAUUUAGUAGAAGUAUGUCAUUUUUUAAAUGUGUGUUUAACCCUGAAUUUUUUUCAAUGAAAUACAUUAGUUAUCCAUUAUCAUUUUUGGGCAUGAUAUUAUUUAAACUUAUUUUGUCUGAAGUGGUUUCAUAUGAUAAUCAAAUAUUAAAAUGACAGUGCCAUACAUAUUUAUUGUAACUUUUGAUAAGGCCCGUAUUCAUGGAAAGACAUUUGAGGUUUAUUUUUUUAUGACAGAAUGAUAUAUUUCAGAUAGCCUGUGAUAUAAAAUAGUGAGUCUGAAGCUUGAUAGGAAUUCAUAAGUCGUCUGAAGUGGCCUUGGACUACCUUUGUGUGAUGGUGUUGAUGCAAUAUGUUUUUUUUAGAGCACCCUGCAUUUAACCGACACAUUAGUGUUAUUGUACUUAUUUAUUAAAGGGUGAAUGUGUCUGAAUGGA